AUGUAUAAAACUGCAGAGGAGCGUCAUGAGGCUCGACUAAAAUCAAAGAAGGAUAGCUAUGCGCGUCACCGACUUCAAGAACAAGUGAAGUCCCGCACACGAUGGCGACGUCGUCGAGGGGCAGCUGCGGUUACCGCGAUCGGACUCUCCAACACAAAUUCCAUGGAGUCACAUGGGAUGUCGAUCGUAUCCGAGGUAGACCGAGAGGGUUGGGAUUCAGUCAAGCCGGAUGAUGAGGCAGGGCUCGCAGAGGUAAAGGACGUGGUGAAGCAGGCAUAUGAUUUGCACACUGAGGCCCGUGAUAUUGAUGGGCCUCUCACAGAUCAAUUGCGGGAUGGAAUAGCAUCUGUUGUAGAUGCGGUAGACGUGCACGUUCGUGCAUGGGAGGAGUUGUUGUCAAUGAUGGAACACGGAGUCGAUACAUACUUUGAUGCGCUUCGCUAUGGUUCAUUGGUCUGGCAAAUAAAGAACACUAAAUUUUCGACCGCGAGCAAUGACAUAUCAGCCUCUCCUACCCACAUGCAAGCCGCUCCCUCUCCUACCCACAUGCAAACCGCUCCCGCUCACCAUAUCAGUCAGAAGCUAAAGACAUACUUUGGAUCUUCCUCCCUCACUUCCUGCACCAGACUUGCCCCCACCAAGCUGCGGUAUCGGUUUAGUCACGGCCAUACGAUCCUGCUGGCGAAUCAAGUACAGAAGGCCAAGUGCAUGGUAUUGAGUGAUGUAGCUCGUUGA